AUUGCAUAUGCAAAAAAACUGCAAGGUUCAAGCGUCUUAAAUUUGUUUUAAGAAUUUGAAUUUAUGCAAAGUAGACGAUCUAACUCCAAGAUUUAAAAAUAUUCUGACACCGUUUCUUGUGAUAUAUUGUCACCAGAGCAUCAGAGGAAUCUAAAAUGGCGGGGAUUGGAAAUGAGAAAAAUGCGGGAGAAUAAAGUUUGAUUUGGUUUGGGAAAAUGUGAUUAAUUGAAAUGAUAUUACGUGGCGUUACGCGGAGAAAACAUGGCGGCGGUCAGAAUUCGCCAGAAAAUGAGCAGCAUUGGAAUAGACGAAAGGAAAAUGCUGAGAUCUCAGUCUAUGCCACAUGUCAUUGAUAUAAAAACGAAGCUGCGUCUGUUUAAACAGGACAGCACUGUCUCCCAGGACAGUAACUCUGGAUACAAGGAUAGCGGAAUAGAAGAUGGAGCCCUAGAUAGUCAGAUUGGUAGUCAGCUAGGCAGUAACUUUGAUAUUCAGGCCGAAUUUCCUUCACUUCCAAGCAGUCAUGCACUUCAGCAGGACUACCCUAGUGGUGAUGAUCUACCCAAUGAACAGCACUCAGUAUGUACCUGCGACGAUGCAGAUCAUAAUCGGCAGCCUGAUCAGGUAAAAGUGAUCAUCUCUAAAUCAGGAAACUCUCUUGUGCUCGGCGCCACUGCUGCAGAUCAAAAAAUUAAAGAAUUCAGGACCCUGAAACAACACUACUAUCCUGAGGGGGGAUGGGGCUGGGUAGUGGUGAUCACAGCAACUCUAGUACAAACAUUAGGAUACGGAGUACAGAUUGGACUAGCAGUGCUUUUCAUUAGACAUCUAGGUCGAAUACCAAAUUAUCUAGUUCCUCUUUCAUUAAUCUGGAAUCCUUCCACAGGUUGGUUGGGAGCUUUAUCUACUUGUACCUCACUAUUCAUUUCUCCUGUCACAUUUGCUUUCUGCAGGAGGAAAUCUACAAGGUUAACUGCAGUGAUGGGUGGACUAGUUACUGCAUUAGGUUGCUUGUUCACAUCAUUUGCAAGUCAAUUUCAUCAAUUGUUUUUUAGUUACGGACUAAUUGUAGGAAUAGGAGUAGGGUUGAUAAGAGAUACCUCUACUAUUAUGGUCGGACAAUAUUUUAAAAGAAGGAGAAACAUGGUUGAAAUAUUAGUAGUUUCCGGAAGUGGAAUCGGUCUGAGUACAAUGUCAUUGUUUUUAAGAGGAGCAAUCAGGGAGAUUGGUUGGAGAAUAGGAUUACAAACUGUUACAGGGGUCGUAUUCCUCACUUUUAUUCUAGGAAUGUUUUACCGGUCUGCCACCCUUUACCACCCACAGAGAAGAGCAAUUCUUCACUUAAAAAACCAAAAACGAAAAAUCAAAGAUAAAAACAAAAAGCAGGAGAAACCACCAUUCUUCGACACUUCUUGUCUCAAGAGCAGAACAGUUCAGAUCCUUCUAGGCAGAUUUACAAUCAAUCAAUAAUUUUUAUUUAAGGCGCAUCAAGCGAGCCAGGAAGGGUUAAUUGAAACACAAAUUUUACUGUUGCAAACAUAUCUUGGAUUGGCCUGGGUGGUUGGAUGCUUUCUUCUUGGUUCUCUAGUUGUUCAAAAAUCAACUGAUUGUAGGAUAGGCAGACAGUAUCUUUGUCAGGCGUGUAUCCUAAUCUGUGGAAUCUGUAUCCUGGCUUUAACAGCAGUAGAAGGAUAUAAUGGAUAUGUUAUAUUUGUCUGGGUGUACGGAGUCUUUUUAGGAAAUUAAAUCAACAUUUUUUAUAUCUAUUUAAAAAAAUUUAGAAAUUAUGGAAUUUUUAUAAAACUAAAGACCCAAGCUUAAAAGUUUCUGAUUUAACUUAUCUUUAACCAAAGUUUUCAACAUUACAAAUAUUACAAAAUGUUGCCUAAAUCAGGUGGUUAUCACUAUUCUUUAAAAAUGUACGUGUUUGAAAAAGUAAGAGCAAGAAACUUUGGCAGGGCGUGGGGGUAUAUUCAGUUUUCCCAGGCCUUACCGAUUGGAAUUGGGAUCCCAAUAUCAGGCUACAUCAAUAUAGGAUGUGGAGGGAAGGCCGGAUACUAUUUUAGUGCUAGUUGUGUUCUGUUAGGAAGUUUUGCUUUGUUCCUAAUUGACGUACAUAAACGCAGGCUUAGGAAACGUCAUAGGCAUAGGCAUAGAACACUUCAUGGAACAGAAUCAGAGCUAAUCUCUGAGCGGACCAAUGAGACGUCAAUACACUCUGCUCCAGAUAGAAAAAUAUCCUUCCCCGAAGACGAGGAAUAUAUUCAGCCCCUUGGUAUAGGGUUCCUAGCUAGCCAGAACUCAUUAGAUGAUUUAUUAGAUUUGAAGAAACCUGAGUUGACUUGUAUCUCUGAGGAGGGUAUAGCUGAUAUGGAUAUUCCUGAUAACCUUCUUGAUGAACUAGAUUUCCUGGAUAACAUUACUUCAUGUGCUAAGGUUGAGAACUGUGUCAUGCUGAGUGAGUAUGAACAGAAUUUGAUCAUGGAUAUGGAAGGACCGGUCAGGAAAUCUAGAAAAUGGUCACUUGUCAAGCAACCCAGCAGCCUUUUUCAAGGACGGGCACUGGAAACCUUAACUGAAGAUGUUGCCGUGAACCAUUCUCUACCGCCAAAUAUUAACCCAGUUCCAAUUCUUGAACGAAGACGAUCUGGACUUAGAGAAGUUCCGAAGUUUAGAAAUGGACCUUGGCAGCUGCUUCCAGGAGCUAACAGAAUGAUUACUACAAUAGAUGAAGCCUCAGGGUAGCUUCAUAGCGUUAGCGCAAAAUAAAUAUUUACUGCAGCUGUGUGUUGAAUAGACAAGGGAUAAGGGGCAGCAGCAACAAUAUUUAUCAGUGCAUUGUCUUCAUGCUGUUACUGCUGCUAGUGGCAUAUGGGCGAAGAAAAGUGGUGCUGACACUAUCCAUUGAUGCCGUAUGGAUUAGAAUGCAAUGUAAUGCACUCAGGAACAGUGAUACCACCUUUUGAUGUACUGUUGCCAUGCGCGCCGGUACAGAUGGGUUCAUGUGUUUCAUUGUGUAGUCUAGUCUUUUAUGUACGAGUGAAUGUACAAUUACAAUGUAAUAUUGAAUCCUUGUACCGGAUCGGAUCACACAAAAAUUAGAGCUCUGUAAUAUCUUAAACAGUGGAAGGGAAGCCGCAUCUACCACAGUGACUUUAGCUGUAGAAUAAAAUAGGAAAUACAAUACUUAAUGGAGCAAUCAGUAGCUUUAAUCAACAUAAAUCAUAAUGAGCUGCAUCAGUAAUAAACCGGUCUUUCUAAUACCAGAAAAUGCUCGAAGAAUUAUUCAA